AUGAGUCUUCCUAUAACUGAAGGCAGCUACUCCGUGCUCUGGGAUAGAGAACAUUCUUUCAAACUCCAUAAAAAACGCCUCGAAGAAAUAAAAAAUAAAAACUCCCACCGUGCAAAUCAAGCAAAUUACAAUCUGAAACAACAUUCCCGUCUAAAAGAAAAAGCAAGAGCUUUUCUAGAGCAAGAAAAGAACGACGAAAUCGCGAAGCAGAACUUAAGAAUCCUUGAAAAACUUAACGCAAUUAAACUCGGCAAAAGCAAUGUAAAACCUAUGCAGAAACUUUCAUUAAGCUCCAAAGAUCUCGCUGACUUUAAAAGCUUAAAUUCAACCAGGAGAAAAAAAGAAGUCGAGCGAAUUUCUUAUGAAAAUGAAAUGCUGGUAAAAAGACUUUCUGAAAAACCUUCAAAUGUUUCUUACCAAAGAUUUGAAGAUGAUUACGAAAGAUCAGUUAAAUAUAAAAACACGAUUUCUAAAACAAAAUUGCAUGAAAAAUUAAAAAAAAUCGCAAAAUUCGAAGGAAGAUAUAAUCAUUUGCCUCCUCUGGAAGAAGACAAAAAUGAGACUAAGAAUCGAGAAUCUAAGUCUGGGUCUCCAUCAGCUCUUCCAAAAGAUCGAGUAAAAAAGAAAAAUUUAUCAAUGACUGAAAGAAUUCCAGGCAAAAGAAUCGAAAAAGAAAAUAAAUCGGUAAUAAGAAGCAAUCUGCAGUCAAUAAGCCACUCAGAUAAAGAGGUUAUAAAAGAAGAAAAUAGAAAGGUAGCAGAAGAAAAUAAAAAUAGUGAAGCACGGAACUCUGCAUCUAUUGAAAAUUUGAAGAAAUCAAAAACACCUGAAUCCGUUUCAAAAAGUCCUAAUAUUGAUAGUCAGAAGAGUUUAGAAAAUAAAAGAAAAACUCCAACAGAGAGUGAAGCCUUAAUUCUCAGCAAGGAAAGUUCUAAAGAUAAAAUUGACCAUUUAAGGAAAAAAUUAGAAGAGAAAAAAUCCAGCUUUAGCCAAUUAAAAAAAGAAGAAAAUGUUGUGAAGGAAAACGAAAUAGGUAGUUUUAAUGAAAGAGAAAAAGAACUAGAAAAACCGCAUACUCCUGAGCAAGAAGAAGGAGAGGAAAUAGACGAAGACAUUGAAAUUUAA